AUGAUAUCAACAACAUUCAAAAUAAUAACAGCACCAAUAACAUUCACCUAUUUCAUAAUUAAAACAUUAUUUAUAAAUAUAAUAUACUUACCAUUAUUAUAUUUAUUUUCAAUAUGUUUUUAUAUACCAUUAUUUAAAUUACCCAUAUGGAUCCCAAUAAGAUAUAUUUUAGAAUUAAAUCCAGACCCUCAACUGAAAUUAUCAAGUCAAUUACUAAUAGAAGAUAACGGUGGUUCUCAUUCAUUAAAUUGGUUAAUGUCACAAUUUAAUUUAUUUACUUUAGUUACUUUUCAUUUUAUUUUAACUUCUAUAUAUAUUGGAAUUGGAAUUGGUUUGAUUAUGGGUUUUCAAUUAAGUUUUAUUUCAUGGUUUUUUACAUUAGAUUUAGGUGUUAGUGAAGGGAAUAAUAUUACUAUUGGUGAUAUUUCUUUAAAAAAUGAAAAAAUAAAUAAAAUUUGGGAAAAAUCAAGACCUAUAAAACAAGAAUUAAAUCAAACUGAAUUGAACCAGAAUAAAGAAUCAAAAAUCAAACAAGAAUCAUCAAAGCCACCAAAAUCAUCAACAACAUCAUCAAAAUUACAAAAUUUAAAAAAUUUACAAAAUAAAAGAAUAUUACAAUCUAUAAAUCCUAAAAAUAAUCAAAAUCAUUUAAUUCAUAGAGAUGAUGAUGAAGAAAUUUAUUUAUAUCCAACUCCAAAAUCAGAUUUUGAAAUAGGUCCAAGUUUUGAAAAUUUAAGAAAAAGAACUAAAUUUAUUGAUAAAUCUAAUGAAAAAUAUAAUCAAAAUCAAAAUCAAAUAUUUCAACAAAUUCCAAUUCAAAAUAAACAAUUUAAACAACCUUCAUCAAUUAAUCAACCUUUUAUUAAACAACUUCCUCCUUUUAAUACUAGAUUUGAAGAUAUUAAUAGUAAUAGUAAUAGUUCAAGUAAUGAAACAGAUAUUGUAGAUAUAGAUGAUAUAGAAUUUGAAAUUGAAGAAGAACAAGAACUUGAGAAACAAGAAAUUAAAAAAGAUAGAGAAGAAGAUCAAAAAUUACAAGAAAUUGAAGAAGAAGAACAAGAACAAGAGCAACAAACUGGAGAAGAAAGAGGAUCAACAGAAGAAGAUGCAGAUGAAGAAUUAUCAUCUGAACCAAUUAUAAGUAGUUCAGAUAAUGAAAAUUAUUAUGAUGAUGAUAAUAAUGAUAGAACUUUUGAUCCUAUCUCUAAUAAUUCAACUAAAUUAACAAGUUUUGGAUUAAGUGAAAUUAGUGAAGAAGGUGAAUAA